AUGGCCCCCUCCUUACGCCCUCCCCGUCCACGAUCGUCGAAACUGUCGAGACCCGUCCGUUCUAGUCGCACGCAGGUUCAGUCCUAUCACGAAAAUAGCAGCUCGGAAGAUCGGCUUGACGAGGACACCGAGUCUGAUCAGGAGCGAUCUAGGCGCCUGUCGCUUUCGUUGCGCCCCCGAACAACCGGUCGCAUGCCCCCAUCAUACCGGGAGGAAUCGACUGAUGAUGACUUGGAGGUGACGCUCAACGAUGAGCCCGACGCUGUAGCCCCCAGCGAAGCCUCGUCUCAUCUGGCUCAUUCGCUUCCGGAAACCAAUACACGCACCGCACCACCACGAGCUCCGCGCAAUCGAACCGUGAAAACGAGAUCGCAAACAAAGAAAUCAGAAAGGCGCACAGGUGGAAGACGCAUAGAGCUGGGGAGGCCGUUGAACAAACGUAGAAAGAUUGAGGAGGAUAAUACCCCAUUUGUUGGCUCCGGUGUUAUCCCGCCAUGGCAAACCCUUCCAUACCACAUUCUCUUCGACAUUUUUGUUCGCGCUUCAAGCCCUCUUGUUGACGAACAGACCGGGGCUAGACAUAGCUCUGUACAGUGGCUUGUUAAUGUUGCUUUGCUAUGUCGUGCUUUUCACGAGCCUGCAUUGGCGGCACUCUAUCGUUGUCCCCCCCUAAUACCAUCUGCCAAGACACAUGGAUUGCUACAUUUACUGGCCAAGCCGCAGGAAUCUCUCUCCACUGGCUAUAUGAACAAAAUCAAAGAGCUAAAUGUUGACGUGGAGCAUCUCUUACUCUACAAAAGUGGACCAACCCUGGGCUAUUUUGAAUUACCAAGGCUGCUUGAACGGACCCCUCAAGUGAAAGCAUUGCGUCUCUACCACAAAGAUGACUACGUCGUGGGCCGUCGACUGCGCUCGAAAUUCAUUUAUCCCGAUCUCAUUUUCUCUUCGAUGGCUUCGAGCUCAAUCCGCCUUUGCUGUUGGGAAUGGAACAGUCGUUUCAUGGAGACCAAAAAGCUGCUUCCUCUCAUGCUAGAAAAACAUCUCCAGCCUGCAUUCCACGGGCUUCGAGAGCUCCGAUUGUUGCAUAUCACAUCAGAAGAUGCUGACGAUGAUUAUCUGGCGGAGGCUUCCGACGAAAGAGAAGUAGUACUUGCGACAGCUCUUCGGGAGCUGCCAGAUCUGUGCUGUUUAGAAUUUGUGGAAUGCUCGAUCGUGAACGAGUACCUUUUUUCCAAUCUUCCCUUGACGCUCACAUCUCUCACUCUCAAGGACUGCGACGAGGUGACAGCAGUGAACCUUGGCUCAUUCCUUUCUUCACACGGCCAGAAUCUUCGGCGAUUGGAUUUGAGUCAUAACCGCCAUCUGAGUUUGUCUUUCAUUGUCAAUCUGGCGCAGUCAUGCAAAAACCUUGAGAUAUUCAAGAUGGACAUAUCGAUGCACGACUGGACUAGUUAUCAUGACGUCGAGCCUCACUUCCAGGAGCUUCUUGAUCCGUUAGAAAUUCCGACUUGGCCAUCCACCCUACAAGAAAUUGAGUUGAUUCAAUUGCGAAAAUGGGAUGACACAACCGCAGAAGUCUUCUUUAGGUCUCUUAUUGACGCGGCCCCUGAAUUACAGAGCCUGCGACGACUCGUCAUCAGUGCAAUUUUGAAAAUCGGGUGGCGUGAUCGUGCUACAUUUCGAGAGAAGUGGAUUGGAAAGCUGGAAAAUACCUUUUUACGACGAAGCGCCCCCCCCGACCCGAAGUUACGCUCUAUUCCACGUACCCCACAGCAAAAAGAUCCAUCGCAUUCCAUCCAAAGUGCACUUCCAGACGAGUCGCUUACCCAUUCUGACACUGGGUUCUCAACGCCAUCUAAACGGAAGAGUGUGCGCAUUGCCCAGAGAAAGUUUUCUGAAGCAGACGAGGAUGAAGCUGCUCAUGUAUUAGCGCGAAGACUCAAUGAGGGCAGUGAUUCGUCUUCGGGUGCUAUACAAGGAAUGUGUGAUGUCGUCAUGGUCCGAAUUGACAACCAACGCCCGACCGAGAAUCAGUUCAACGAAGAAGAUUUUCUUGACGACGAGCUAAGUGGGGAUGAAGAUUGGAAUGGAAAUGAUCCGGAUGUCAACGAUGGGAGUCACGCAUGGUAG